CCCCGAACCUCCUUGAGAAUGCCUUCAUCCUCGCCGUCGCCGUCGCUCACCAAGGGCAAAAUCACCCUGACGGGCGCCGAGGAGACCCUUCUCAUCACGCUCUUCGCCCGCGCCAAAGAUGCCGAGUCGCCCAACCCGAUCUUGAACGACCGGACGACGGUCGAGGUCGUCUCCCGCAUCCGCGACCAGGGCUACGACUUCUCCCGCACCGACCUCGACCGCUCCAACACCACGUUCGCGCGCCUCGUCGCCACCCGCGCCCGCGUGCUGGACAUCUGCUGCGAGCAGUUCCUCGAGAGGAACCCGGGCCCCGCGACCAUAGUCCACCUCGCGUGCGGCAUGGACGCCCGCUGCCACCGUAUCAAGUGGCAGGGCGAGGGCCGCUUGUGGAUCGACGCGGACCUGCGCGAGGCCACAAAGUUGCGGCGGCAGGUUAUGGACGACCCGGACGCCGGGCCGGGCGAGUACCGCCUGCUGGACCCGAACAUCCACGACGACGGCUGGCUGGAGGCCUGCGGGGUUCCCGUCGACCGGCCCGUGUUUGUCAUCUUCGAGGGCUUGACGCCGUACCUGACGCGCGAGGAGCUCCAGGGCAUCCUGGCUCGCGUCGUCAAGCACUUUGGCGGGAGCGGCGUCCCCGGGGAGGUCUGCUUCGACGCGCCCGGCUCCAUCGCCUACUUCCUCAUCAACUACGUCUUCAACAAGGCGCUGACGUCGAUGGGCACGCGCUUCACCUGGUACAUGGACGACCCAUUGUCGUUGGAGAGAGAGGUUCCCGGCCUACGGUUUAAGGGGCGCGUCUUCAACCUGCAGGACUACGCGCGGCUGGGUCAUUCUACUUGGUUCUUUAGUCUCUUUGCGCGGAUUGCCGACUGGUUCAACGUUGUCGGUCAGCUUGGUUCGGGUUACCGUUAUGAGUUUUGAGGGAGGGAGAGGCGAAGCUUGUUUGUUUGUUUGUUCAGUAGACAGUAGAU